GGAUUCCAGGGUCUAGACUAGAUGUGUUCGAUAUGGCUUCCUUGGCUGGAUGACAGGACAUGACGCCGCGGGUCUCGAGUCGACGUCACUAGGCCGUGUUGUGAUGGGUAGCAGGGAAGCGAGUUUAGGCUACCUCUCACCCGCUCCUCUGCCCUUCCCCGCAAAUCCCGCAACUUCGACGGCGAUCAUUGGUGUUCGGACGAAGCGCAGGCGAAUCGUGUGUGAACGGCGUUACGGCCCAGCCGAAGCCCCAGCAUGGCGGGCUUACGGCUCAUAACCGUGAUGUUGACAGAUAUAGUCCGCGCACGCUCCUGGCGCGCAGUCUUAUCCGCCUCGGAAACGUCUCCCCUCGGAAACGUCUCCCCGCCGCACUCCACCUGUACCUGUGGUGCUCUGGUGCCAUCGCCUGCUGUCCUCGGUCCAGCCGAUCUUGACGUCUCCCCCACGUGAUUCCAGACUGGCCUUUCGGCCCCGAUUCGCCUCGCACCGUCGAUUUCACACCUCGUUCCUCGCCUCGUGUUUUCCUCGCCUCGUCGGCUCCUGCCUCCCUCCCCUCUCUCCCCCCUCCCCCCACCCCCCCCCCCCCUCUUCCCUCGACUACCCCGCUUUUCGAUCUCCCUCGACUUGCUCUCGGCGUAACACAGAAUGUGCGAAAUAGAGAUGUCACGGCCCGUCCAAGUGCAGCCCCUUGGUCCGUCGCGGGUGGAAUUUUCGUCGCGGGGGAAUCGCCGUCGCGCCUUCAACGUAGGUUGACCCAUGUGGCGGAGUCCCCUUUCAACGUCGAAUCCGUCGAGUUUCUAACGCAACGCGCGGCGCAAGGCUGCUGAGGCAAGCGCCAUGCAGAGAGAGAGAAAGAGAGCACUCGACUCGAGCGGCGCCUUAGUACGGACAGAUUCCGCGGAGCCGCUCUUUGUUGGGUGUACUGUAUUGUUGCGCGACACUCCAGUACCCCGUUGGUGUCUUGCCAGUCUUGGGUCAGUCACGAGCCCUCGCGUAGUGUGCUCGAGACGAGCUCUCCAGCCGAUCUCUCGAGACGUUCCGUCUAUCUCGCGGAGAGCGCCAACGAGCAGUCACAGAAGGUUCUUCGGCACGCGUCUCCAUUCUGACAUUCUCUGACACUCUCUAUGAGCUAUAUCCGGAGCGCACCGUUAUCUAGUGGCGGCAACUGCUGCGGGCGUUGCGUCGACUUGCAACACGCGAGCUUUAGUGCCUAGAGCCGCUUGAAGAGUGGCCGCUGAGAGGUGCUAUUUGCAAGGGUGUCCUUCCGAGAUUAUAUCCGCGGUGAGGUAGCCUUUACCAGAGUCAAUCACGGCUAUUGCCGCUCCCUCCAGCUACCAGCAUCCCUAGGUUGGUAGACUGGGUGUUAAUCACCCCUCCCGGCGUUGCUGCUGCUGCUUCCGAGAAGUGCUUUUUCUAGUCGCGCGGUCUUGUAGGUUGUGAGGUUACUGAGUAUCACGCGGCCUGCGAGUUUUCCUGUAACGGGUUGUUACAAGCCUGUGGCUGUUAACAUGGGGGAGGCAGCGGACGUCGAGGCGGGAUUCGCGGCGGGUGAAGCGCUGGAGCCCACAGAAGGCUUCACUGUAGUCGACCUUGGAACCAGGAACGGCAGCAGCGGCAGCAACGACAGCAGCAGCGGCAGCAGCGGCCGCAACAACAGCAGCAGCGGCAGCAGCGGCAGUGAUGGCGGCGUGGUUUCGUCUUUCAACGAGUUCGCUGCUGGCAAGAGCGGCUUCGCGAAGCACGCGCUCGAUCACUCCGCGUACGACCUCACCGUCGUGGAUUUGUCCUACAAGGUCGUCAAGAACGUCGGUAGUAAUACGCAGGAGAUGAUUCUGCUCAACAAGGUCAACGCCAAGGCACGCCAUGGCGAGAUGAUGGCGGUCGUCGGCCCGUCGGGCGCGGGAAAAUCGACGUUUCUCGACGCGAUCGCGGGGCGGAUCAGCCAAUCCUCGCUGGACGGCGAAAUCCUGGUUAACGGCAAGCCGGUAGCAUCGUCGUUCAAACGCGUGUCCGGCUACGUGAUGCAAGACGAUCAGCUUUUCCCGAUGCUGUCUGUUCGCGAAACGCUGAUGUUUUCCGCGCGCCUGCGACUUCCUGCGACGAUGUCGCUCGCCGAUAAAAAGGAACGCGUUUCGGAUCUGAUCGACGAAUUGGGAUUGACGACAUGCGCGAACACAAUUAUCGGGAACGCCGAAGUUCGCGGAGUUUCGGGUGGCGAGCGUCGAAGGGUUUCGAUAGGCGUGGAUUUGAUACACGACCCUGCUGUACUCUUUUUGGACGAACCCACUUCAGGGUUGGAUUCUACAGCUGCGUUAAACGUUAUGCAAAGUUUGCAUGAUAUUGCGACGCACCGGCGCCGCACGAUUAUUCUCACCAUUCACCAGCCGUCCUUCAGGAUUUUGGACCUGAUUCACAAUUUCCUGGUGCUGGCGAAGGGUUCUGCGGUGUACCACGGGUCGUAUCCAGGGAUGCUGAAAUUCUUUGAAGACUUUGGCACAGAGGUGCCUGAACACGUGAACGCCCUGGAGUAUGCGUUGGACAUGAUUGAGGAAGAGCAGCAGAAGGAGAGAGGGCUGGACGAGCUCGUCCGAUUCAGUAGGGCGCGCUACGAGCACGAGAAGUCUCUGGGAACGCACAGCACCCUCGGCGCGCACCACCACACCUCCCCCCCUCCCCGCACCUUUGCAACACCCUUCCUCCACGAAACCCUAACUCUCGCCGACCGCAACUUCAAAAACAUCUUCCGAACCCCGGAGCUCUUCCUCGCCCGUAUCGGUCUCAUGGUGGUAACUGGACUCAUCCUUGGCUCACUCUUUCUCAAGUCCGGCUACGACGCCGAAGGAAUCACCAACCGCGCGUCCUUCUUCGCCUUCGCUCUAGCCCUCCUCCUCUUCACCUCCACUGAAGGCCUCCCGAUUUUCCUCGACGAGAGGCAGAUUUACAUCCGGGAGACGUCGCGCGGCGCGUACCGCACGGCGUCGUAUGUGCUCGCGGGGGCUCUGGUCUUCCUGCCGUUCCUGUUCCUGCUCUCGCUGCUCUUCUCCUGCGUUGCGUACUUCAUGGUGGGGCUUGCUGCGACGGCGACGGCGUUUUUCCGGUUUGUCGCGACGAUGUUUCUGACGCUGGCGGUGGGGAAUUCGUUCGUGGUGUUCUUUGCGGCGUUCGUGCCGAAUUACAUCACCGGGAAUACGGUGGUCACGGCGAUUACCGCGUUCUUUUUCCUCUUUAGUGGCUUCUUCAUUUCCAAGGCCAACAUCCCUCCCUAUUGGAUCUGGAUGAACUACCUCUCUACCUUCAAAUACCCUCUUGAGAUGCUCACUCUUAACGAGUAUGGCUCUCUGCCCUCCGUCUGCUGGGAGUACCUUGUUAAGAGCGACCCCACCUCGCCCUGUGUAGUGAUUUCCGACAGCGUUAUUGCGCGAUUCGAUAUGGCAGAUAGUAGCAGGUUCUGGGAGUCUGCAGUGAUCAUGGUCUCUUUCUUCGUCGGCUAUCGGAUCUUGUUCUAUUUCGCUCUGAGGUACCAGACCUCCCUUGUGCGCCAGUAGGGGGAGUUCUCUUUGAAGGCGCCUAAAAAAAAGAGACUCCUCACCUCAUGCAUGGUCUCUUCUUCAGCUAUCGGAUCUUGUUUUAUUUUCCUCUGAGAUACCAGACCUCCCCUGUGCGGAAGGGGAGGUUUGUGUGUAUAGGUUUUUGUAGUGGAAAGAGUAUAACUACCGGUAGGCUAGAUGGCGGUGCUUUGCAACCUUUUUAGUUCCUAGACGUGUAAAUCUGUAUGCAUGUACAUCUGCGUAUCAGUUGAAAUACCAGUAAAAGUGGAAUUUUAUA